AUGGCGCCGCCAUCCAGUGAGUCCUGCUCCCUUGAGGGCCAGACCUGGAUCUGGAUCUGGACCUGGAUCUGGAUCCUGACCUGGACCCGUCUGCUUCGUCCUUUGUCAUUUUGGCGAGAAAUGGGACUUGGACCAUUUUCUCAUCUUGGAAUUUUGCACCAGACGUUUUGCCCACAGUUGCUGCAUACCUCAUACCUGCCGUGUCGCGCGUGUCUGCGCAAUACUUUUGAUUGUCUAAAUUCUUAA